CACAAGCCCUGCUCUGUUUGGUUCUGCGAUGUUUGGCUUUCCUGAGGUCGACAUAGGUGUGGGACUAGGGUCCUGUGACGCCACGCGGACAGUGUUUGUGGCCCGCAACGGGGGAUCAGGGGAUCCGGUCAAGGUCAACAUCGCCCACCACGCCAAACUGGGGGACCUGUUGGAGGCUGCCGGCAGGAAACUGGGAAUUGGUGGGCUGCACACUGCGGGAAGAAUAUACGCGCAAAAGGAGAAUGCAUGAGAACCCUCAUUUCGUGUCUUUCUAUGAUGGUGUGCAUGUUCUAUGUGUCAGCUCACCCGUCGCGUUGUUUUUAUGAGAGUGGGGAGGAGGUCAAGGACAUCGAUAGCAUCCUCGAUGACGAGGUAAGCCGGGCGGCCCCUCAAUCCUCUCCCCUGCGGACACACGAAUGAUUGUGUCCAUUGAUGGCCACGUCGGCGCGUCCGUCGGUCAGGUUCUGUUCAUUUCUGAGGGCGGGGGGUUCCGAAAGAGCCUCAACAGAACCAACACGAGUAAGUUACCCUGGCUGAAUAUAACGGACGGACAUGUACAAAUUGGCUUCCUUUUCCGCUGGUUGGUCGGUCGCUUUGAUUGCAGCGACAGAGGGCAUCAUGGCAGGGUACCUUCUGAAGGAGAAAAUAGGGGAAGGGGGAUUCGGCAAAGUCAUGAAGGCAGUGCACAUGGAAACUAGUGAGCAUGGCACGCCACCGAGGCACGCAGGAAGACUGACUGAUCAAUCACCAUACGGCAUUGCCGGUUGCCGGUUGCCGGUUGCCGGUUGCCGGUUGCCGGCUGUCUCUGUCUCUCUCUCUCUCUGUGUGUGUGUGUGUGUGUGUGGCGCAGACCAGUUGGCUGCGGUCAAGUUCAUUUCCAAGAAGUCCUUCAGAGAGAUUGCCGAUGCCGAUAGGGUCUUCGUCGAGAUCCAGGUCUGACCGACGCCAACUGAGCCAUGUCUCUCUGUUUGCACAAUCAUGUGCUUGGCUGCGCUGUGUGGGUGCAGGCAUUGCGUGAUUUGUCUCACAAGCACGUCAUCCAGAUGUACGAUGUGGUUGACCACCCGUCCUACAUCUGCUUCAUCAUGGAGUUUGCCUCCAACGGCGAACUGAGGGAAUACGUCGCCAACAGACAGCGGCUCACCGAAGACGGUCAGUCAGUCAGUCAGUCAGUGAGAUGCAGACAGGGCCGGCUGCCGUGUGCGAUUGGUGUAUUGUGCGUCUUUUGUGUGUAUAGAGGCGCGUCAUUUCUUCCAGCAGAUUGUCAAGGGCGUCCACUACUGCCACAGCAGAAACAUCGUACACAGGUAUACAUACGGGUGACCGACGCGACCGGGAGACACACGCCCCAACCAAACACUUUCGUGUCAUGCAGGGACCUGAAGCUCGAGAACAUCCUCCUGGAUGACGGCUUGAAAUGCAAAAUCGUCGACUUCGGCCUCUCGGUGAGGAGUGAGACAUGGAUCGUGUCUGCCGGCCUUUCUGUCUGUCAUAUCAACUGUUCGUUUGACUGUGUCGAUGCAUGCAGGAUUUUGUUGCUCCAUCUGAGAGGGUGGUGACAGAAGGCGGCACCGAGGCAUACCUCGCACCUGAGGUCAGGGGGAUGCACACGUCCAGGCAGCCACAAGUGGUCGAUGGUGCGUAUCGGUUGCUUGCAACUCAGGUGUAUCACGGAAGCUCCGCAGAUUCUGAUCCCUUCAAAAUCGACGUGUGGGCCCUCGGUGCGUCAGUGAGACAUACGCAGACUCACUCAUCCUCGCCGUAUAAAAAUUGGCUGGUUCAGGUGUGAUUCUGUAUGCGAUGACCCACGGCAAACUGCCUUUCCACGCACCAGACCGAGUCACACUCGAGAAACUCGAAAGAGUGAGCGGAGAGGGAGAAACGGAAAGCGUUUGUUGCGAACCGGUUUGUUCAUCGAUGCAGGAGGGUUUGGACUUCAGGGGGGGCUGCAGUCAGGCGAUGCAGGCGCUCAUCCUGGCCAUGCUCACUGCAGACCCCAAGAAGAGACCGUCCACUAACGACGUACGUCUGUCUGUCUGUCUCUACGCGUGGACGGAUGCAAGGACACACGGUAGUGCCUCCAUGCUGCGUGCAUGCAGGUGAUGAUGGACCCCUGGCUGCGUCAACAGCUGCUCUACGACAGGAGGAGCGACACCCUGCCCUCCUCUCACUCCACACCCUUCCUCCCGUCCGUGGCGUCCACAGACACACAUGCACCGGGCCCUUUGGCCGCCACGGUUGGCCCGUUCUCAGCUCUGUCGUCGCAGGACGAGCACGACAGGAGUGGGGAGCCGCCCUGCCAGCCCACCUCCCCCCAGUCUAUGACGCACCGUCCACCGCGUCUGAGCGUCAUAGACUCCGGUGCCCUCAGUGUGCCUGCCUCGGCCCUCGCCACGCCCCAGCACGCGCCGCUGAGCAAAUUCUCGUGGACCAGCAGCAGGGACGAGCAGGAGGAAGAUGGGCUCGCAUCGGCCUUUGCUGCCAGCGCAGCGGCAUCACCAUGUGGCGGUAUGCACUCCCAGGACGCCACUGGAAGGCGCUCAAAGCGGGAGAGCGCGAUCGCGGGUGAAAGGAAACGGGUCACGAUCGCGUCGGCUGGCGAGGACAGCCAGGACGCCUCGAAGCGGAGCGGCGCGUCGGAUGCCCCCCCGUCACAGCUGCUGGCCAUGGCUGAGUCGAUCCUCAGAGACCGGUCGGCCAAGGAGGGGACACAACGGCAGCUGAGGCGCGAGAAUGCCACUGUGGGGGCGAGAGAGAAGACCGUCGAGAGGCGGGCUCCGCAGUCGUCUGUGCGGCGGACGCCCACAGCUGCCAGUGCUACGGCUGCUGUAGCCGGUGGUGGAGCUGGUGCAGGUGGUGGGCGAGACACGGACAAGGAGGCGACCUUACCUCGCCCCGUCACCACACAUAACUCUCGCAGUGCCUCCCCUGUUCCAUCGCCAGCAGCUUCAACAGGCAAGGCGACCGAUAAGACAGGCAGACACAUUGGGGGCCGUUCCAACUCCCUCUGUCCGUCACCAUCUGUGCUUGCGUUCAGGUCGAGCUGGCCGUCGUCUUCAGCAGGUUGGGUCGUCCAUUGUGACAUCAUCGGGCGUGGCUUCCCCACCCACACCCAGCAGUCCGAAAAUGUCGCCCCCCAUGCACAGUAGCCACAGAGCAGCCACAUCUCAGACACCGAGUAGCCACAGAGCGGCCAAUGCAGCAAUGGCUGCGGUGCUCGGAGGGGGGCAGGCCAGCACGACGACCUCGACAGUGGGCACGGGGACGGAACUGUAUGCGACAAGCCGGAGAAGAGACAAAAGCCUGCCGACGUCCUCUCGUGCUUGAUUCUCUCUCUCUGCAUGGAAUGAGAAAGGAGGGGACCUAUUUGUAAGUCCGGGUCUCACUUGCGUACGUACAGGUGUGAGUCAAGGUCUAGGGGCAGGCGGGCAGGCAGGCAGGUAGGGACACUGAGGCUGCCGCGGUCACCUACACGCAUCACGUGACGGCAAUUCCUUACUUGUCUGUCCACUUACCUUCUUGCGUGGGUACACGUGUGUGUCUACGCGCUCGUGUGCAUGCGCGAUGAAGCACUUCACACUGAUUGUUUGUGUGCUUCUGGGUGAAGCGUGUGUGUGUGCCUGGUGCGCUGAGUGCCACAUUGUUUGUUUACUGACGUGAAUGACGUCCGUGCUAGCGCAUCAGAAGGACGGCAGGUGAAAACUAUGCCGGGUGCAACUGAAUGGAG